AGAUGAGCAAUGGGCAAAGACCCUGGGUCAUUCCAGGCUGGCUGCUCUCUGCUUCCCCAAGCUUGGAGUUUUGUCUUAGCCCAGACCCUCCUGGCUUAAACCCAGCCCUGGGCUGUGUUAUUUGGGUCCCUGAGCACCCUGAGGGCACCACCUCCCUCAGCUCUGCUCCCUGUGAGCCCAUCCCAGCAUCCCCAUGGAUGGGAAGGGGAGGCUUGGAGAGAUUCCUUCCUUCACCUGCCCCUUCCAGCUGUGGUUUGUGCACUUCAACCCUGAGCAUUGCCUGCAGGCCCUGUCAGCCCACAUCACUCACCUGCAGGGGACACAGGCAGGCUUGAGGCACAGGCUGAACAAGCUCCGUGUGGUCAUGGAUGUGGCAGUUCAGCCCGAGCUGGGGAUGGAGGAGGAGGAGGCUCCAUGUGAAGAAUCCCCUCUUUUAUCCAACGGGGUGACCCUGAAUAAAGAUCCUGUGACCUGCAAGGAGCUCCUGCACCUCAUCCCCCAGGGCCCACCCGAGGCCAUGGCCCAGCAGCUCCUGGUGAUCUUCAGUGGCUGCUACGUGCGGCUCCUGGCCACGGGCCGGCUCCCUCGGGCCAGGGCAGGGGGACACCUGGGGCACAGCAGCGUUCCCUGCCUGUGCCAGUUCAUCCAGAGCACCGUGCUCCAGCCCCACCACGGCUGGGCCAGGUGACCAGAGGGGGCUGGAAAGCACCGAAAUAGAGCUGUGCCCACACACCAGCGUGGAGAAACCGUGGGGCAGAGAAGGGAGCUGUAAUUCCUUGUCGUGGCUGAACGAGUGGAAAUAGGACUGUAAUAAACCAUGCACGAAAGCUGCUCA